AUGAAUGGGCACGCUCUGCCGGCCGGCACGCCAGCGCAUCCCCGGGGCUGGCAUGAGUUCUGCGAGCUGCACGCCAUCAGCACCGCCAAGGAGCUGGCGCGGCACUACCUGCGCUUCGCCACCGAGCACCCGCACCAUGACCUCCUGGCCGCUGAGAACUUCUCGGUGCAGUUCACCGACCUCUUCCAGCAGUACUUCUGCCACGAGGUGAAGGAGGGCUUUGCCAUGAACCAGCUCCGCAUCCUACCUGCCGGCCCGGCACGGGAUUACCGGGAGACGCAUCGGCGGCACACGGAUGCCUCCUUGGGCACAGUGGCCGCCAAAGCCGAGGUGGACCCAGGCGCCUGCCCCGAGCAGCCCGGCCGAGCCCCCGAGGCCGCCCCGACGGGGCUGCGCAAGUCCUGGAGCUCAGAGGAGCUGGUGGGGCCGGCGCGGCGGCCCUUCUCGCUCAGCCAACUGCGCAGGAGCUGGCGCAGCCUCUUCCGACGCCGUUCCUCGGAUGCCCUCCCCGGGGAUGGGGAGGCGGUGGCGGAGGCGGCUCUCAAGCCGGGACUGGGCAAGCGCAUCCUGCCGUGGGGGCUGUCGCGGGAGCAGCCCCCCGAGGUGCGCAAGGAGGGGCUCCUCAAGUACGGGCUGCUGGAUGAGACCUCCCUGGACAGCGGGACGCGCUGGCAGCGCUGCCGCUUGGUGCUGCGGCGAGCGGGGACGCCCGACGGUGAGGAGUAUGUGCUGGAGCUCUUUGACCCGCCCAAGGGCUCCAAGCCGAAGCUGCACGCCGCCUGCUCCGCCGUCCAGGAGGUGCGGAGGUGCACGCGCCUCGAGAUGCCCGAUAACCUCCACACCUUCGUCCUCAAGGUCACCAACGCCACCGACAUCCUGUUUGAGGCGGGGGACGAGCAGCAGCUCAGCUCCUGGACGGCUGAGAUCCGGGAGUGUGCGCGCAGGGGCAGGUUCGACAUGGGUGACCCCGAGCUCGCGGUGUGUCGGCACCCCGACCCCUCGGCCGCCAGCCCCACCACCAGCACUGACAGCCAAGGGGCGACGCCGGGGGGCCCGGGGGAGGCGGCGGGGCCGAAGAUGGAGCAGUUCCUCGCCUCCUGCCCCUGGUUCCACGGGCCCAUCUCCCGCGUGAAGGCGGCUCAUCUGGUGCAGCUGGGGGGGCUGGAGGGCCACGGCGUCUUCCUGGUGCGGCAGAGCGAGACGCGCCGCGGCGAGUACGUGCUCACCUUCAACUUCCAGGGCAGAGCAAAGCACCUGCGGCUGGCGCUGACGGAGCGGGGCCAGUGCCGCGUCCAACACCUCCGCUUCUCCUCCAUCGUGGAGAUGCUGCACCACUUCCAUCGCUACCCCAUUCCGCUGGAGUGCGGGACGGCCUGCGACGUCCGUCUGUCCAGCUACGUUGUCCUGCCCCAGCCACAAGCUCCCGGCUCCGGCAGCAUGGUCCGUCUCCCCCUGCCCGUUCCCAGCUGGAGCCCCGAAUUCAGCCUCGCUCCCGCCGGCUCCUCCUGCCCCCGCGGCCCCGACGAGCCCCCCCCGGGACCCCCGCCGGAGCAGAUCUUCCACCUGGUGCCGUCGCCGGCCGAGCUGGCGCAGAGCCUGCGCCUGAGCGGGGCGGCCGCAGCCCCCGGCCCCCGGCCCCGCGAUUCGGACUACGAGGCAGAGGCACCGGGCCGGGGCCACGUCCGCGCCAUCGACAACCAGUACACGCCGCUCUGA